UACAUAUAGGGAUGAACACAAUUCUUGUAAGAGGCAAGCUUUACCUACGGCCGAAUGAAUGCACAAGAGCUGGAGUGCAAAGAACGCAAUCAGUCAAGAGUGCUGGCCCUCGCGAAGGAGUGGCAAAGUCUAAGGUACACACAUCGCUCGACGUGCUCGCUCUGAUAUUCGAUGCAUCGCCCACCAUAACAUAAAUUACUCCACCAAGCUCGCACAUGUAUUCAAGAGGUAUCGUCGGCUAAAGUCAGACCGCUACGCUUCUGAUGCAGCGAGAGAUGCACCUAUAAAGCAAAAGGAGAUCGAAGGCUUCGACAUGACCGAGACCGCGACCACGUCGGGUCCUGUUGGGCCCACGCCGAUAGAGGCAGACGCUGCUCGGACCUUCUCUCACCUCUUUGCCGCCGCAGAGACAGCAGUUGACCCUCACCCUGCGGCCGCCAUCAGGCACUUCAAAGUUCAACCUAGCCUCGCUGGCCUCCCUCACGAUAUCUUGCUGCAGAUCUGGACCUUGGUAGAUGAUCCGAGCAGGAUAGUAAUGGUCAGCAGACGCUUCAACGAGAUGGGCAGACUAGAAGAUUCUCGCGCAGAAUGGCUAUUGGCUCACUACGACGUGCGCGACGUGUUCUUUGAAUCCAUCAAGAGACCAAGGUUGCUCGACCCCUGGCUCAUAAGGAAGUUGCUGGAUCGAGGAGCUGUACUGUCGCGCGCUCUGGUCCAAGAAGUUGUGGCGCGAAGCUCGGCUCCCAUAGAUGAGUCGUUACAUGCUUACGUGGACUCUCCACUCAGGUGGGGCCAAUCGGUGCCCACAGCAACCGUCCUGGCGCUUCUUUCAGAGGGAGUCAGAUUGUAUGCAUCUCACAUGACGCUACAACCACGGGAUCAGGAGGUCCUCCAGCUCUACUUGUGCAUGCCUUCCGACCGCGCCUCUCACAAGUCGCAUCUCUUAGAUGCAUACCAGAGAUUUAACCAAGCAAGCGUAUUUCUGAUCGGUUGAAGGAGAUUCUGCCCGAUCGGUUCAUGACAACACGCGAGGGCGGUUGGCUGGGCCCAGUUCUCAUGUUGGGUGAUGAGGAGCUGAUACGUGCUGCUCGAUUGCACGGAUUCAGUCCCGAAAGUCUUCCUCAACUCAGUAGGUGGAUCUGUGAAUUGGUGAUGCUAGGGAAGCGCCCCUUCCAUCGCGUACACAGCAAGGCUGCCAAGUUGAUGGAGCUUCAGCAGCUAAGAAUCCUCACGAUCACACGAGCCUUCGCGGCAUCGUUGAUCUGCAGAUUGAGGCUAUCACUUGUGCAAACAUACGAGCAUAGUCCGCGAGCGGCCCGACACAAACUGCAA